GGGACCGUCCUGAGAAAGUGACAGUCGGCGCUUUCAUGAAACUUUUGAAGACUGUCCCAGCCCCGUUUUUGUCUUUUCCUCCCCUGCCCCUUGCAGCUCGCUCGCAAACAUUACACCGGUUAUUGUAUUCAUAUCGAUAUAUGGGAGGCGCGGCAUACUGCUGACUGGCUGCUGACACGGUCGUGUACGUUAUUUCCAGUUCAGACGAGUCCACAAGUGGAGGAAACGACGCAAGAUGUACCAUGAAGAAACCGCAACUCUUCUCAAGCCGCGCUAUGGAACCAUUCAGGAUGAUGAGAGGCUGUCGGCGGAGGAGAUGGACGAGAGGAGACGACAGAACAUCGCCUACGAGUACCUGUGUCACCUGGAGGAGGCCAAACGGUGGAUGGAGGCCUGCCUAGAGGAGGACUUGCCCCCGACCACAGAACUGGAGGACGGACUGAGGAAUGGUGUCUACUUUGGCAAACUAGCCAACUUUUUUGCCCCAGAAAUGGUGUCUGAGAAAAGGAUCUACGACCGAGAUCAGGCCCGCUAUAAGAGCAAUGGGCUGCACUUCAGACACACGGACAACACGGUGCAGUGGCUCCGAGCCAUGGAGUCAGUCGGUCUGCCCAAGAUAUUCUAUCCUGAAACUACAGACGUUUACGAUCGCAAAAACAUGCCCAAGGUGGUUUACUGCAUUCACGCACUGAGCUUGUACCUUUACAAACUGGGCAUUGCACCACAGAUCCAGGACCUGCUGGGAAAAGUGGCCUUCACAGAGGAAGAGAUCAGUAACAUGAGGAGUGAGCUGGAGAAGUAUGGCAUUCAAAUGCCAGCUUUCAGUAAGAUUGGAGGAAUCUUGGCUAAUGAGCUCUCGGUGGACGAAGCUGCCCUGCACGCCGCUGUGAUCGCUAUCAACGAGGCGGUUGACCGAGGUCAGACGUCCGUGACGAUGGGAGCGUUGAAUAAUCCGAACGCAAUGCUGAGGAAUACCCAGGAAGCUCUGGCCCAAGACUACCAAGACACACUGAGCCAGACCAAGGCCCGUAAGCGGGAUCAGUCCUCGGGAAGGCGCUCAUCGAUUGCCACUGAAGAACGAGAUGUUUAUGAGGAGCUGCUGACUCACCAGGAGAUCCAGGGCCGCAUUGACUUUGUCAACAUCCAGGCGGCAGUAAGGCAAGUGAACCAAGCGGUGUCGACCCAGGAUGAGACGGUUCUGUUGGCCGCGCUGAGGCUCGAGGCUCUGGGCCUGCUCGGCGUUCAGGAGUCAAACUGUCGCUGGUACCUGGAACAUUUUACCACCUGCUGCCAACAUAAAUCCAAGGACGGAGGGAGGACUGUGAUGGUGGACAAAGAGGAGAUUCAGAGAGCCGUCGGCUCUUGCAAUGACUUUGCUGAGGCCGAGAAACGAAAACUCGAGGCGGUUUCCGUGAUCAAUACAGCCAUUCGUCUUGGCGACGCAGUGGAGACGGCGGAGGAGCUGAUGAACCCGGAGGCACAACUGCCUCUCGCCUACCAAAGUGCGGCCAACCUCUAUCAGACUGAGCUGUUUAGUUUACAGCUGCAAGGGGGACGGUCUGGCUUGAGCCACGAGGAGCUGAGUGUCGCUGUGGAAAUGCUGUCGGCUGUCGCGGUGCUGAACGAGGUGCUGGACACCAAAGACCCCCAGGCUGUGAUCGAGCAGCUGGUCGACUCUCCUCUGGGCUUCACCAACAUGGAGCAAGACAACCUCAACAGGUAUGCCGACACGCUUAUCGAACUGCGAGGCGAGGCUCUCGCUAAAGGACAAGAGUUUCUCACCUGGAACGAUGUUCAAAAAAGCAUCGACGGUGUCAACGUGCAAGUCCACGAGGAGCAUGAACGCAUCAUGGCUUUAGCGGAGAUCAACGAGGCACUAAACUCGGGGGAAUAUCAACAGACGCUUGCAGCUCUGCUCCUCCCGACAGCCAAGUUGACGGGGGUGAACCCGGCCACAGCCAAACACUACCAUGAUGUCCUGCAAUAUACCAAGCAGCGCCUCUGCCAGACUUCUGGAGAUGAGUCUGCAGUGCUGUGGUUGGACCAAAUCCAAGACGCCAUACACACAGCCAACCAGGAUGAAGAGGAGGCUCUCGCAUUGGCUGAAGCGAUCGCUGGCAUUAACAGGGCAGCGGCCAGCGAGGACGCUCAGGAUACACUGCAGGCGUUGCAAGUUCCCAGUGCAGGACUGAGAGCGGUGCUCCCCGAAUGUGCCGACGCAUACCAGGCUGAACUGGCACAGAGACAAGCGAGCGGGGCCGCUAACGGUAGCACCGAUGGUGUGUGGGUGAAACAUUGCAUUGAGGACAGAUAUGAUUACUACUAUAACCUGGAGACUGGACAGGGCAUCUGGGAGGAGCCUGAAGGAUAUGAACACAAUGGGGGCCAGCUCGGCAAAGAGGAAAUCCAGGGUGUUGUCGGCUGUUUGACGGCCGAAUACAACAGGCGACAGUUAUGGAUGGCCAAUGAAUCCUUGGUGAUCCAGCUGCAGGCGAGGGUCAGAGGUCACCUGGUCAGGAAAAAGCAUGCCCAGAGAAUGGAGUAUCUACGCCAGCAAGAACCGCAUGUCGUCAAAUUGCAGGCCUGCUGGAAAGGUUACAAACAAAGGAACAUUUACAAAGACAGGAUACAUUUGUUUCAGAAAAAUGUUGCUUCGAUUGUCAAGAUCCAGUCUGUGGCAAAAAUGUGGAAAGCCAAGCGUACAUACAACCAGAGGCUACAGUUCUUUAAAGAUCAUGAAAAAGAAAUUGUGAAAAUCCAGGCUUUUCUCAAGGCCAACAAAGCAAGAGAUGACUAUAGAACCCUAACUGGGGCCACGGAUCCUCCUCUGUCUGUGGUGCGCAAGUUUGUCCACUUGUUGGAGCAGAGCGCCUUGGACCUCCAGGAAGAGCAGGAAGUGACUCGACUUCGGGAAGAAGUGGUCACCAAUAUUCGCUCCAAUCAGCAGAUGGAGAAGGACUUGAACCUGAUGGACAUAAAGAUUGGUCUUCUGGUGAAGAACAGGAUCACUCUGCAGGAUGUUGUGUCCCAUAAUAAGAAAAUGAAGAACAAGAAAAAUAAAGAGAGUAAAGAGGACUUGACUACAGGAGACCGACUGGGUAUCAAGGGUCUAAGUAAAGGCAAAAGAAGGAAACUGGAGGCCUACCAACAUCUCUUUUACCUGCUGCAGACCAAUCCACACUACCUGGCCAAACUGAUCUUCCAGAUGCCCCAAAACAAAUCCACUAAGUUUAUGGACACUGUGGUCUUCACCUUGUACAACUACGCCUCUAACCAGAGAGAGGAAUACCUGCUCCUCAAACUCUUCAAGACGGCUCUGGAAGAGGAGAUCAAUUCUAAGGUGGACCAGAUCCAGGAAAUUGUGACUGGGAACCCAACAGUCAUCAAGAUGGUAGUGAGCUUUAACAGAGGUGCGCGUGGCCACAACACCCUCAGGCAACUCCUGGCUCCAGUGGUCAAAGAAAUUAUUGAGGACAAGAGUUUAGGCAUCAACACCAACCCAGUGGAAGUGUACAAGGCCUGGGUCAACCAGCUGGAGACGGCUACUGGAGAGGCCAGCAAGCUGCCUUAUGAAGUGACUCCAGAGCAGGCCAUGUCGCAUGAGGAGGUGCGCAGCAGGCUGGAGGCCUCCAGUCUGGCGCUGCGGUCUGCCACAGAUAAGGUCUUGAACUCCAUCGUGUCCUCUCUGGAUAAUAUCCCUUAUGGCAUGAGAUACAUUGCAAAGGUUCUGAAGAAAAGCCUCCAUGCAAAGUUUCCGGAUGCGUCCGAGGAUGAGCUGAUGAAGAUUGUAGGAAACCUGCUUUACUACCGCUACAUGAACCCCGCCAUCGUGGCCCCGGACGGCUUCGACAUCAUCGACAUGUCGGCCGGAGGGCAGCUCCACGUGGACCAACGCCGUAACCUGGGAUCCGUGGCGAAGAUGCUGCAGCAUGCUGCUGCCAAUAAGCUGUUUGAGGGCGAGAAUGCACAUAUGACGCCAAUGAACAACUACAUCUCUCAGACAUAUGAGAAGUUUAGGCUAUUUUUCCAGUCGGCAUGUGAUGUCCCUGAACCUGAAGAGAAGUUUAAUAUUGAUGAAUACUCCGACAUGGUGACUUUAAGCAAGCCCAUCAUCUACAUCUCAAUAGAUGAGAUCAUCAAUACCCACUCGCUGCUUUUGGAACAUCUGGAGGCCAUCUCCCCCGACCACAACGACCUGCUGCAUGAGCUGCUGCAGGACCUGGGAGAUGUCCCUGAUGUCGAGACGUUGCUCGGUGAAGGAGCGUUGGACCCAAAUGACCUGAACAGAGAGAGCGCUCUGAGCCAGUUGGCCAAGACCGAGAUCUCUCUCACCCUAACGAGCAAGUUGGAGCUCCUGGAAGGAGACGACAAGGACGUGAAGUCUCUCAUGACAAAGACAAAGAAGCUUAUCGUGGAUGUGGUUCGGAUUCACGGAGUGACCUUACCUGCAAUUCUUGAGACCCCAGCUACUGCCUCACAGGAGUCGGAGCAUACGAAGAUUGUCGCUCGCCGGGCGGUCCAGGACGCUCUGACACCAGAAGGUCUGAAGAGCAGCCCGGCAGUACUGGAGGACAACCAACUGCCGCUGGAGCAGAAGAAGAGGAAGAUCCUGAGGAACCUGCGUAGCCUGGAGCAGGCGGGCUUCCUCACCGUCAGUAACAACUACCAGGACCUUGUCAACGACAUAUCUAAGGACAUCCGCUACCAGAGGCGCUACAGACAGAGAAGGAAGGCCGAGCUCGUGAAGCUCCAGCAGACGCUGACGGCCCUCAACUCCAAAACGGCCUUCUACCAGGACCAGGUGAACUAUUACGACACGUACAUCAAGACCUGCCUGGACAACCUGAACCGGAAGAACUCCCGGAGAUCAAUAAAACUGGACACCAAAGGAGAAAAUAAGGGCAGUAAGAAGUGGAAGCCACCGUCUCUGAAGUACACUGCAGCAAGGCUGCAUGAGAAAGGAGUCAUCCUGGAAAUAGAAGGACUUCAGACUAACCAGUUCAAAAAUGUCAUGUUUGACAUUUGUCCCAGUGAGGAAGUCGGGGAUUUUGAGGUGAAGGCAACGUUUAUGGGAGUUGAAAUGGAAAAGGUCCAGCUUCAUUUCCAGGACCUCCUUCAGCUGCAGUAUGAAGGCGUGUCGGUCAUGAAGAUGUUUGACAAAGCCAAAGUCAAUGUCAAUUUACUCAUCUUCCUCCUAAACCAAAAAUUCUAUGGAAAAUGAGAAGGUGAAGAACAAGAGGGAGAACGCAGCAGGAAAGGAAGUGGAACGUGUUUGUGCCUUCUGACGAUACAGUUUGUUAAAUAACAUUUAAUUUAGUCGGAAAACACCAGAUGGUGCAGGACAGUGUUUUAUUUUAUUAUAAUUUCAUGGAUCACACCUAAAUUAAAUGUUCAACUAAAUGUAUCCACUUUGUAUUUUUCCAUGCGGUAAUUGUAAAUGUGUAUUUUUUUAAGAAUGAAAUUGUAACAAUAUUCAUGUUUUGUAUGUAAACGCUAGGAAACUCACUAAGUGUGAACUUGUACGUUAAAACAACUUUCGACUAGUUCAGUGAUGAAGCUCGGGAGCAACUUCCCAAAACUGUAGUUCACCAGUGCCUUUUAAUUAUGAAAACAUGUUUCAAAUAAUUAAACACCUGAACAUCUUAAAAGCUACAACUGAUGUAUUAUCAGUAUAUAAGUGAUUUAAUAUGUUUGCGCAAUGUGCAUAAUAAAUUACACAUGUCUACA